UUCUCCCAAUGGUAAAGAUUCGGUCAAAAAAAUCAAGUCAACGUUAUCCACUUGACGGGGACAAAAGGGCAAAAUCGUCCAAAUCUUAACCUACUUCCCCAGCAAGUUUCUUAAAAUAGUGUCCCCAUAACCUUCUUCAACCCUAAAAACGACGGCGCCUUCAUCUCAUGACCACCGUCUCCGCCGUAGACAGCGACGACGAAGAGAUCAAUCCGGUCACAAUGCUUUUACUAGACAACGACGAUGAUGCUCAACAGCAAAACGGUAAGAAGCCCGAACUUGCUCCGACACCCAUUCAACACCAAAACUACCACCUUACGUCAAUCGAUUCCACCGUCGUAAUCCGCCAACUUCCCUCCCAAGGCCUCUCCUUCCAGCUCUGGCCAGCCGCCGCCACUUUCGUCAAACUUCUCGACAGCUACCACGCCUCCAACACCGAUCCAUUCUCCGCCGCCAUCACUACCGCAAAACGCCAUCCACGCCUUCGCAUUCUGGAGCUAGGAUCCGGAACCGGCAUCGUCGGGAUCGCCGCCGCCGCCAUACUCGGCGCUGACGUCACCGUGACGGAUCUCCCUCACGUGCUGGUAAAUCUCAAGUUCAACGCCGACGCUAAUUCCGAAGUAUUAGCCCCACGCGGCGGCGAAGUCCACGUGGCGCCGAUGAGUUGGGGGGAAACGGAAGAAAUGGAAGCAAUAGGGCGGGAAUACGACUUGAUUAUUGGUUCUGACGUGGUUUAUCAUGAUCAUCUGUAUGAACCUUUGCUUCAGACGUUGAAAUUCUUGUUGUUAGACGGCGGAGGUGACGCCGGUGAGAAGGUGUUUCUGAUGGGUCAUUUGAGGCGGUGGAAGAAGGAAUCUGGGUUCUUUAAGAGAGCGAAGAAGCAUUUUCAGGUUGAAUUGAUUCAUGAAGAUGGUCCAUCUAGUGAUUCUAGAACUGGUGUUGUUGUCUACCGUUUUGCAAGGAAAGAUACGGUUUUGAGAUGAUAUAUCUUCUUAUGGAAUGAAAGAAAGAUGUGAAAAUCUCUAACUUUCUAUAGUCAAUAAUACUUGUAACGUACAAAUCAUCAAUGCACUCCUGGUUUGCGUUA